AUGAUUUUUGUACUUCUAGCUCCAGAAUAUCGAAGUCUUUGCUUCCCAGCUCCAGCCCUCAGACCCCUGGGCCUCUGUGGUGCUCCUGAUGCCCCUCACCCACAGCUGAAGAUCCCGGGUGGGCGAGGGUCGGUCAGGGAUCACUGCACCAUACAACACCAGGAUGACAACUUGACAGUUACACAAACCACCUCAGUCAGUGGAAACUCAUCUCUUCUUCGCUUCCACUACCAGCUGACUGAGUGCCGCUCUGCUUUCUGGGAUACAGCGCUAUCUGAAGACAGUCUGUUUCUGGAGAUUCCUGCUGGCCCGUUGGUGGAGGGCAGCAAAGAGGGGCUGACAGCUCUGCUUCAGUUUGCAGAAGAGAAGCUGAAAGUUAACUUCGUGUUCCUCUGGUUUCAUAAAAAUAGAGAAGAUCGAUUGUCCAUCAUCAGGACGUUCCACUACAUGGGCUUCGAGAUGGUGAAGCCGGGCAACCCUCUGGUCCCAGCCCGGCCUGACCUGGUCUUCAUGGUUUACUGUAUGGAUGCUAGCAGCUCAGACGAGGAGUGAUUCCUCCAACUUUUUAAGACAGAGAUACUCCAUCAAAAAAAAAAAAAAGACUUGAGGAGGAAUAUUUCAUGGGCUGAUGUAGGGAGUAGAUUUAAAAGUGUGUCUUUGUCCCUAAUCAGGACAAACAACAUUCAGGAAAGAAAACUGUUUUAACUUUAGACUUUGUGUAUCUGAUGCUUUUUAACUUUUCUAAAUUGUGUGCUUACUCUAUUGAGGGAAGGAAGCAGGGAAUUAUGGGUGUGGUAUAUUCAGCAAAUUGUUUGUCUUCCUAGUGUGGAUGGAUGAAGGUCUGAUCUGAUACAUUUAGCAAUAAGACACGUCCAGGUUUUCAUUCCGUCUUUAAUCAAACGACAGAAUAAUUUGCCUGAAUUAUCAACAGAUUGUGGUUUGUUCAAAGUGCAGGAUGUUCAGGAUUAAACCAAAGCCCCAUAUGUUUCUGCUACUUUAAAAUGUGUAGUCAGGUGACACAUUAAAGGGUAAAUCCACUGUGUGGAGAUGAUGUUCUUCCUGAAAUAUCCAGAUAUUGGCAUAUCUUCAGUUACGAUGGUGGAGGUUGGUCCAGAAUAUCCCACAGGGCUAAUAGAGGCUCAUCUUCAACGUGAUUCUACAGUGUCAGUAAGGUCUCCACUGUGGCCUCAUUAAGUCUGUGCGCCAAAAUAAUAAUCGUGAGUUAAUAUUAUUUUUUUGUUUUUAAUGUUUAUUUUGUUCAUACUGCCUGAUAAAUGUUUCAGUCUUCCUCCGAUUGCAAUAAAAGGACUAAAAUAAAGUCCCCAAAUCAGAGUUGUAACCCUUUACAUACUGCUCAUGCCUAUUCCUUAACUCAUUCAUUCAUCUUCUGAACUGCUUUGUCCUCAAGAGGGUCAUGGGAGUGCUGGAGCCUAUUCCGUUGUCCGCUGAUUGCAGGGCUGACAUAUAGAGACAAGCAACCCAUCACUCUCACAUUCACACCUAUGGGCAAUUUAGAUUAACCAAUUAACCUAUAUUAGUGCAUGUCUUUGGACUCAAAAUUUUAAAUAUUAAAAACGCAUGAACUGUCAUUCAGCUGCUAAAAUGUUUGCACAGUAAGGCUGACUUGGGUCAAAAAGUCAAAUUAAAAUACUCAUAUUUUUGUGGAAUGUCGGUAUAACAUUUUAUCGCCCAUCUCUACCUCAGAGCUGGAAAAUGUUUUAUUUCAUAAUUCAGCAGCGUUUCUGUUUCAGCUGCGCAAACCAAGGCCCUUCUGUUCCAUAAUGUUUGAGGUUCACGGAAUUUCAUCUAGCAUGGUCUUCAUUAAUGUGUCACCUUUUUGUACAAUGUGUUUUCAGCUCUGAAUGAGGCUUUUUGUGCCUAAAAGAGAAGCAUGCAAUGUUAAUGUUUUCUACUGUAGAGUCUUAUUGAAAAAUGGGUGUCUUGUAUGAGCUCAUAGUGGCUGAAAUCAGAGCACUUCACUUAAUUUUAUGCAGUAAUCACAUCUGUUUGAUGUUCUCUGAAUCCAAUGCCAAAGAGUCUGCUGUCAAAACACAUAUGAACUACAUUCCCCAUCACACAAUGUUCGCGUGUUCUGUGUUCAGAAGAACCUACUGAUUCAGCUCUGACUGUAAACUGUAUGUUUUAUUUUCAGAAGUAUAUUUUUAUGGAUGAUGUUUAUUGAUCUAUGUUUGUUCUCUGUGACUUAACUAAACCAUCAAAGGGUGAAAUAAACUGUUCUGCAUCUGCUGCGUUAA